AAGCCUCCAAAAAUUGCGCGACCAAUGAGUAAAACCAAAAACAGAGCAGAGAGACGAAAGUUUUGAAUCGAAGAAAAAAAAAAACCUUUCCGUCUUCUCUAUUUCUCCUCUCCGAGAUCCACGGCGAGCCUUGCGUCGCUCUUCACCACCCAAUAAAUCCUCCUGAAUCCUCUCCGUUAUCUUCGUCUUACAUCGCGUCUCCCCCCCCCCCCCAAUUGAUUGCUCGAUUGAUUCUGGAUCUGAAUCUGGAUGUUUUGAUCGGUUCUGAGUGUGUUAUUGAGGUCCUGUUGAUGAAUAUAGCUGUAACAGAGGAGGAGGAGAAUCUGUUUCCGAGUUUCGCGUAUUCUUCGUUUCUGAGAUUUACAAGUUUUUUGAGUUCUCCACACGUGAGAUCUACGGCGGCGUCGACCAUAAACCCUAGAUUUAGAUGGGAUAAGGCUCUUGUUCUUCUUCAGCUAAAGGAAGAUAAUAAUAGACUGAGAGAUGGGUUCGUCACAAGGCUCCUCCACGCUUUCGGCUGAUGUGAUGAGCCUUGUGGAUACGUUGCCUGUUCUCGCCAAAACCCUAAUCGCUGGAGGUGUUGCCGGGGCUGUUGCUAAGACUUCUGUUGCUCCCUUGGAGAGGAUCAAGAUUCUAUUGCAGACUAGAACAAACGACUUUAGGACCCUUGGUGUGUCCCAGUCACUAAAGAAGGUGUUGCAAUGCGAUGGUCCUCUCGGAUUUUAUAAAGGAAACGGGGCGAGUGUUAUUAGAAUUAUCCCUUAUGCGGCCCUUCACUACAUGACGUAUGAGGUGUACCGUGACUGGAUUUUGGAAAACAAUCUUCCUUUAGGUUCUGGUCCCGUUGUUGAUCUUGUGGCUGGAUCAGCUGCAGGGGGGACGGCGGUGUUGUGCACUUAUCCUCUUGAUUUGGCUCGUACUAAGCUAGCUUACCAGGUUUCUGACGCAAGUCAGAGUUUCCGAGGUGGUGCCAAUGGGUUUUAUCGUCAACCUACAUAUUCAGGAAUAAAAGAGGUGCUUGCAAUGGCUUAUAAAGAAGCGGGACCACGUGGGCUAUAUCGAGGCAUAGGUCCAACGCUGAUCGGCAUCCUUCCAUACGCGGGCCUUAAGUUCUACAUAUAUGAGGAACUGAAAAGGCAUGUUCCUGAAGAGCAUCAAAACUCUGUUCGAAUGCAUCUACCUUGUGGAGCCUUAGCUGGUUUAUUUGGCCAGACCUUAACGUACCCGUUGGAUGUUGUUAGGAGACAAAUGCAGGUGGAGAAUCUGCAGCCUAUAACGAGUGAUGGCAGCAACAAACGUUACAAGAACACAUUUGAUGGGCUUAACACGAUCGUUCGAACUCAGGGUUGGAGACAGUUGUUCGCUGGUUUAAGCAUCAACUACAUUAAGAUUGUUCCAUCGGUUGCAAUUGGAUUCACGGUGUAUGAGUCAAUGAAGUCAUGGCUACGGAUUCCACCACGAGAGAGAUCAAAACCAGCCUAAGAAGAGUUUUUGUUCAUUGAUACACUUAGAGCAGCAGGACACAGAAGAUAACACUAUUUCUCCUUUGUAGUGAAUCUAAUGAUAGUAUUGUUUGGAUAAAAUUAAGCAAACAGUUUACACAUUUGUUAUCAAACACACAAAAUGGGUUGAUUCUUGUGGUUUGCAGCCAAUUAAAAGAUUUCAAUUUUUCCUGUA